AUGUCCUCCACGUUCAGUUCCGCUACGCACACUUCAGAUGUCUACGCGGCGAUUCGUCGCUUGGUGGAUUUGUCGGCACUUUACCGAUCGGAAGAGGCAAUGAAGCGAAGGAAACGGCGAGAAUGCGGCGACAAUUUUUCGGAACUAAAUGUCCUGACAACCGUAGAUAAUUCAACUGAUAUGUCGGUGGUAGCGAAACCAGGCACUAAUACCUUUCGUCAUAUCAUUACUUACUUUCAUUGUGGUCAAGUACAAGUAGGAUUGCAGGAAGUACCUGAGCUAUUCUUCGUCGCGAAAAGUCUUGGAGUUACAAGCCUUGUCAAAUAUUUGGAACAAUACCUACUCAACGAAGCUGCAGCAAAUCCCGAAAACUUAGGAAUCUGUUGUUCGAUUACGUAUUUGUGCGAGGCCUCUGACCAAGUCAAGAAGGACCUGCUAUACAAAAUUGGAAAUAGUUUUUACGAUGAGUCCGUUCAAGAACAAAUCGAAUUGUUGCCAGCUGUCGUGAUUUGCGAUCUACUCUCGUUAGAAUACAUUCGUCUCGAUCCGAAUCAAUCUGAGGCGAAGGUUCUGGAUACAGUGUUAAGAUGGAUGGCGGUAAAUCGAGCGAACGCCGAGGAUUUAUUUCCAUCUGUUUUGAACAGCGUCAGACUUGAACUACUCUCAACCGAAGAAAAGUUCCAGGCUUUGGAUAAAGCUCGUUCGACGGGCCUACUCAACGAGCUGCUCCCGAAGUUGGCAGCUGCAGAAUGGCGUAAACUUUGCACCGAUCGAAGCAGAACGAAAUACGGAGACGUCGAUUUUGCCAAAAUUAUGAAAUCCACAAAUUCAAACGAAGAAAUCACUGCUGGAAGUACAGAUCAUGAAAUUGGACUACCGACGACAGCACAGGGUCCUCAUCAACUCUCGCUUGGGUCAAUUUUGAAUGGCUGUAGCUGCCACCAGGAUGGAUUCUUCCAGGAGCCAUCAGCAACCGAUUGGUCGUUGGUCACCACUUGUCCACAAAUUUGCAGCUCCAGGGUGAACUCGAAUAAAGAAGUCGGUUCUAUGGUUGUGGCCAUCAUGGAAACCGUAAAUGGUCGCUGCCCUUGGAGCCAACUGGAAGAAACAGUGGGCAUGAAGAUCAGCGACACAGCGCGAAGACGUAUUUGCGAGAUUGUACGUCAGAUACCGUUCAAAAAAGGGACGAAAGGUGCACUGUCCCGUUAA